CAGGGCGGGUUGCACUGGAGCUUGGGAUCUUUCGACAUCAAUUGAAUGAAACAUCUGGACGCGACUGUCCUCGCCUCUUCUUCAUCCAUCUUCGGCCUCAAUUCAAAACUACAAGUACACAGCGUUCAAAUAAAAAAUCGUGCGGCAAUCCCCUCACCUCCCGCCUCCUACUACCACCGCUCUUGUCCCUGCCUGGUCCCCUCCUACGAUCUCGCAGCCCUCGAGCGCCUUUCCAGCCGAGGAACGCGUCUCGUGGGCGCGCGCCGGCGCGUCUGAAGCCAUUCGCAACACCACGCCCGUCGCCCAUUCGCCCUUCACUAUGACAGCGCCGCCCGCAAACAGCGAUUAUGAGCUCCUGACCGAGCAUCUGGGCUACCCACCCGUCGCCCUCAUCGACGACAUCAUCAACACGGUCAACGUGCUCGCCGACCGCGCCCUCGAUUCUGUCGAGCGCCUCCUGCUGUCCAUCCCGCCGCAGAAGCUCGGAUUCUCGUCGUCAUCCCAGGGGGCGGGCAAAAAGUCCAAGAAGGGCAGGUCUAACGCUACCGUCGAUGACAAUGACCAGCAGCAGCAGCUGGCCCCCGAAGAGGCGGCCAAGCGCGAAAUCGAAAACGGCACGCACCAGCUCGAAACGCUACUAAACGCCUCCAUUGACAAGAACUUUGACCUCUUUGAGCUCUACACCAUGCGCAACAUCCUCAGCGUCCGCCCCAACGACCAGCCUUACAUGCGCCUCGCCCACUACGACGGCCUCGACUUUGGCGGCGCCACCACAGCGCAGCAGCAGCGAGGACACGCCCCCCAUGUUCAGCCAGGGGGAGGGGGAGAAGGAGCGGUAGAUCCGGACCGCCCCACGCCCGCGUCCGUCACCGCCCUCCGCCGCAAGCUGCAGGCGAGCCAGCGCCUCCAGGCUGCCCUCGAGGCCGAGCGCGCGCGCAACGACGUGCUACUGCGGCGGCUUCGUACCGUGCUGGGCGUGCGCGGCGACGCUGACGACAAUGAUGGCGACGCGGAGGUCAAGAGGGAGGACGGCACCGCACAACAGCAGGAGGGCGAGGGAUCGUCACUAUCGUCCUCGUCGCGCGCUCCGCUCAAAUUCCUUGGCGAAAAGGGCACGCUCGAAGACGGCGGCACUGACCAGCCCAUUACCACGACGGCCGAGUUUGCCCUCUCCCAGCUGCAGGCCCUGCGCGCCCUGUCGACGUCGCUGCGCACCCUUCAGCCGGACCUGGGCACGCUGGAAGACGGCAACGAUGCGGCGGAUGCGACCGACGACAACGACAACGAGGAUGGCAGGGGUAACAACAAUAACAAGACGUGGCGGCGCCAGCGCGCAGAGUACAUCGAGGCCUCGUCACGCGAGUACCUGGAGCGUGCGGGCGGACUGGAGCUCGGCCCGCGGGGGGAGGUGCGCGACGGGGACUGGCAGGGACAGGGCCGCGGGCUGGGUAGGGACGAGGUCGAGGGGCUGGAGAGGGCGGCGGCGGCGCUGGCUGCUGCGUCCGGGGAUGCAGCAGGUGGUGGCGGUGGUGAAGAUGAUGAUGGUGGGCGGCGGCGGCCUCCGGCCUCGAUGAGCCAAGGUGUCGCUGCUGCGGCGAGCGAAGACGCCAUGGACGAGUCGUGAGAUACGAACAGGCGAUGGAACCAGGGAAACGGAACGGGAUGUGCGCGAGGUUGGCACGCCGGGUGGGAUGGGAUAUCAUGCCAUGACGAAACGGGAGGAAAACGGGAUGGGCCUUGGUUGGGGCAUGCGGCGCCAUCAAUGCCGCUUGGUGUUUGGGCGUUCUUGAGGCGCGGGUAAAUUGCAAGGCCAUGCACGGGCAGCAUUAGGAAUGGCGAGGCACGGUCAGUUGGAUGGAUUACAAUUUUGCAUCAGACGAGUCUUAUAUGACCCC